CCAAUCCAACAGUAUAUAAUAAUAUCAUAUUAUGUAAUAAGGUAUCAUUUCAUCAUCAAUCUUCUACCAAAUUUCCAGAUCAGUUGCUUUCAACUUUAUUAAAACCCUAAUUAGGUGAGGUUUGUGAUUUAGCAGGAGCAUCUAACUUCAAUCGUCACCGGAAACUUCAAAUUUCAGGGUAAGCGUACUGCGGUUACUUUUUAAGAGAUUGAAAUGGGGCAUUGCUUCUCUUCGCCUCGGGCUGAUGAAGACGAGACCAACAGUCAUGCUCAGCUUGCGGGAGGUAACGUGACUCUCAUCACUACCAAGAACGCUUGGGAUCAAAAACUGGCAGAAGCAAAGACUCAAGGCAAAAUAGUGAUUGGCAACUUCAGUGCAACUUGGUGUGGUCCAUGCAAAUCAAUGGCACCUUACUACAUUGAGCUAUCAGAGAAGUAUCCUUCUCUUAUGUUUCUGACCGUAGACGUUGACGAAUUAACGGAUUUUAGCACACAACUGGAUGUAAAAGCUACUCCAACAUUCUUCUUCUUUAAAGAUGGUCAACAAAUUGAUAAACUUGUGGGAGCCAACAAGCCUGAACUGCAGAAAAAGAUAACCGCCAUUGUUGAUUCACAAGCAACCAUAAAUCCAUAAUCAUUGUUAUAUGAUGCCUUGUGUUUCAUGUUUUAUGGGACAAUAGUACUGCAUUUUACCAGAUGAACAUAUCUGCUCUAUUGAAUGUUGUCUGUGAUUCCUAUUAAACGAGUUCUUUUUUGCGCGAACCUGUAGAUAUAUUCUUGACAUGAUUUUUGGGUUUGUGUCAUAUUCGAAUUUGUGUUAAA